AUGCGCACGUCUCCCGACCGACGGACUUGGAUGGUCAUUUUCAGUGUGCUGGCGACUAUUAUCAUACUAUUUUACGGCUACCAAUCUCCUUGGACAAGUCAACUCGUCCGCCAUGGCAGCAACAACCCAAGCAUUCCCAAUGACGUGCACUUCGUGUACGUGCUGAAGGAUGCCAACGCCGACUUUUCGUUUCAGUUCAAGCACUAUCUUUCUGUGUAUGCGGCCUGGCAUUACUGGCAACCGCAGACCAUCUAUCUUCACACCAAUGCCCACGACGACUCCAUAACUCGCGCACGAGACGGGGCAUCUGGUAAAUGGGACAGACUCAUCUUUGGCAUGCCCAACUUGAGGAUAAACGUCGUGCCAGUGCCCAGUCACGCAAACAACAGUGUGGAGAUAACAGGAAUGGAGCACAAGUCAGAUUUUCUCAGGGUUCAGGCGAUCCGAGACUUUGGCGGCGUAUACAUCGACUUUGACGCCCACGCCCUACGAGAUAUUCGGCCCAUACUAAAGAGCGGAUUUAACGCCGUCGGGGGAAGGGAAAUCAGCGGUCAAUUAAACAGCGGGACCUUUAUGUCGAAAAAGGGCGCCAAGAUGAUUUCACUUUGGCACGAAGAGAUGCAUCAGGUAUAUGAUGGGGGAUGGGUCACUCAUAGCAACCUCGUGCUCACCCGGGUUGGCGAGCAACUUGUUGCAGAGCCGGGGGAGAUGUUGAUUCUCGACAAAGCAGCCCUGGCUCCGGUAGGCUGGGAGGCGGAAGACUGCAGCAUGCUGUUCGAGGUCCAUGACGAUACACCCCCGGAAACUGGAGGAAAGGUAGAAGGACAACAGUUUCACGACGAGGGCUCAGGUCGACCGGGUGGCAACCCCCCUUGGGCGCGGGAUUGGUCCAGUACAUAUAUCCUUCAUGCUUUUCAGCCCGACCGGCAUGGAUAUAUCAUCAAGGGCUUCGAUUAUAAUAUCACGCCGCGAUACGUGCUCGAGGGCCGGAGCAAUUUUGCCCGCGCCGUUUAUCCUGUCGCGAAACAUAUGCAUGAGAACGGACUGAUUGGGUUGGAUGACUCGCAUCAUGGAUUAUAG